AGCGUAAACCAUUAUAAAACCAAGGUUGAUGAACAGCCUUAAGUCAAUUUACUGCUAGUAUUAUAAUCUUGAAUCUGACUAACGUAUUCAAUGUCCUGAAGAUUUAAUUCAUGAUUGUUGACUAUACUUUUUUAUAUCAUUUUUAUUAGUGAUUAUGGAUCCUGCUAUAUUUCCUGAAGAGAUUUGGAUAAAAAUUUUAUUACAUUGCGAUGUACCUGAUAUUAUUGCAUUUGGUAAUACCUGUAGUUAUUUAAGAAAAACAUCAAGUAGCGAAUAUUUAUGGAAAGUAAAAUGGCUACAGUUAUUAUCGCAAGUACAGUUUAAAUUUCCUGACAUAAAGCAGUUGCAAUCAUUUUCUGUCAAUUUUAAGGGAAUGUGUUAUAGACUACAUAUGAUAAUUACAUUAGGUGAAAAUGUACGAUUUCCAAAGUGUUGCAAUUGCAAUGGAUAUACGUGUCAAAGAAAUUGCGUGGAAGAGUUAAAUGCUAAAGUUAUAAUCGAAAUAGGAAAUAAAUAUACAUGGGCAAUUACACCAUCUGAUUGUUUAAAGAGGCAUUUUUCUAUGUUUGCCGUCCCAAAAAAUUUUAAUAAGGAAUAUGAGGAGGAGGUACUGAUACCAAAUAUACCAAGCUGUAGUACAUGUCCAAUAAGUAAAGGAAAAUCAUUAGCAAGGAAAUUAAAAUUAUUAGGAUUUCAUGAUACUGAAUUACCUACAACAAGACUAUUUUGUCUAUUUUGUAAUCCAUUUCAAUUAUUUAAAGAAAAGAAAAAAUUAAUUAAACUUCAUAGUUAUCUUUCCUUUACAAAAUCUAAUUCUAUUUAUCAGAAACUUAUAAAUGGUUAUUGUACAGAUACCGUAAAAAUUCUUGGUAUACCAAAUAUUGAAGUUUUUAGUCCAGCCGAAGCUUUAUUAAAUAGUGGAACAUUUUUAAUUCUUAAAAUUUUUCUUGAUCAUUUGUUUCAUCAAAUGGAUUUAAAUGUAACAUUAAAAAAGCCAAAUGCAGUACUCAUGUUUUGCGAGCCAUUGGCUAUACAUCCUGCUUUAAGGAAACAAUUAUUACACUAUUUAUUUCAAGAAGUUAAAGUAACAAGAGUAUGUUUGGUUCCAAAACCUUUAACAGCAUGUGCUAUAUUGGAUAUAGAAACAUGUAUUGUAGUCGAUAGUGGUGCAUUAAACACAACAGUUGCUGUAGUAAUUGGCGGAAGAGUCAUGCCUCAACGUUGGAAACUGUUACCAGUAGGUGGUUGGCAUGUUGCUUAUCACUUGAAACAAGCUAUGCACUGGAAACGUAAAGAAUAUCAUCAAAUUCCAAUAUCUUAUCUUGAUACUCUAGCUGUAAAAGAGAGAUGUAGACUGAGUUAUAAUAUUAAAAAUGAGGAAAGGGAAGGAGUACAGAAAAUAAAAGAACAUAUUAAUCUUAGAAUUGACAGCUGUAAUGAAUUCAAACAAUUUUGGCAUUUAACGUUUGAAGAACAAAAUGAGCCCAUGUAUCAAAGAGUGUCAUUAGGUUCAGAAUUAUAUAUUGCACCUGAGAUGAUGUAUAUUAGUCUUGGAUUACCAGAAGUAAUAAAAGAAGUUACAUCUGGUUUGCCGGAAGAUACAAUGCACGAUUGCCUUUCACACAUUCUACUUACUGGGGGUAAUACAGAUUUAUCUGGUUUCAAAUCGAGACUAACUAAAGAUUUGCGAGAAUUGUUACCUGAAUAUAGUGAAAUUUUGGAAGUAAGAAGUUGUCCUGGUACACAUGGUUGGAAUGUUGCAAUGGGAUCUACACAUGUAUCAUUAGCUACACACCCUGAUAAAACACCACCCGAAUAUAUUGAAGGUAAUCCUUUUUGGUUAUCACGAGAAGAGUACGUAUUGUUUGGAUGUGAUUCAUUAGAAUAAUAAUAUAAAUAAAAUAUUUGCAAUUUCCUUACUUAUUAUAUUAAUGAAAAUUUCUUGCAUUAUUAAUGCAUAUAUCAGAAAAUAAACGUUACCAUCAUCGAGUA